GUAAACUAUUCUAACAAGCUAACCUCCAAGAGGGGUUGAUGAAAAACAACAUUUAAAAAAAGAAAAAGAAAAAACGGGCGACGUGUCAGCAAAACUUGUUUCCUUGGAGGGAUUGGGGUGAGUUUGUUCACUCUGUUGAUGCUAUUGCAGCUUCUUCUUGCUUGAGAGAGAGAGAGAGAGAGAGAGAGAGAGAGAGAGAGAGAGAGAGAGAUGAGCACCUACUUCGGAUUCCAUCCCAUUAAAGAAGACUUUGUGAGCUACUUGAGGGAGAAGAAACAGAUUGACCACAUCAUCCCUGAGAUUUAUAUCGGCAACUACAUGCCUUGGGAUGUACCUGGGCUGUAUGCAGGGCUGUUCGCAGAGCCAGACUCGCCACAUCAGCCUAUGUUCUUCUUCAGCCCAAGGGAUUACAAGUACAUCGACAACAACUAUGCUCGCACUAACAGCGCCACUGCGCGAGGCUUCUGGAAAACCACAGGCAAAGAACGUGUGAUCAAGGCUCGAGGGUCCAUUUUGAGAGAGAGGACCUUGAUCUUCUAUGAAGGUCGUGUGCCUCCAUUUAACCAGACCAACUGGAUCAUGCAUGAAUAUAGUCUCCUUGAAGAUGAAGCCAACCCUACUCCUGAGCUGGCCCAGCAGAGGGGUUUUGUUCUGUGUUGCUUGAAGAAAAUACAAGAAAAGAAGGAUAGUUCAAUCUUUGCUCAACCUGAUGAAUGACCCUUGAUUUCAGAGGAGUAUCCUCAGCCAGAAGAACCGGAAUGAAUCUUUCCUGCACUGAAGCUACAAGAUUACACACUGCAGAUGGACACAGAAGUGGGAGAUGUUUAGCAUGUGACCUGCUGGAGUCCUACUAUAUGUAUUAGUAUUAAACCUAUCUCUGUCACCUUCAAGUCUCAGUAAUAUGUAUUAGUAUAAUCAAACCUAUAUUUUUCUUUUCAUUU